UCAGCCAUAGAGCCAUUGUGUGUGUAUUUUUGGAGUAGACAGCUUCCUUGAAAUUUAUAAAUUGUGAUUAUUGUGAAUAAUUUACAACAAUCUGAAGAGUUUUCGAUUAACAAGUAAUGUCAAAGACGGUGGACCUCGAACUGAAAAAGGCAUUCACUGAACUUCAGCAAAAGAUGAUCGAAACCACAACAAAACUACAGCUGGCAGAUAUCCAGAUUGAUGGUCUAAAGCGCCAGAAGCACCAUGCAGAAUUGACGGCCCAAGAAAUUAAGACUCUAUCCCCCGAAACAAAAACGUAUGAAAGUGUAGGAAGAAUGUUUGUACUGACAGAAAUUCCAGUUGUUUGCAAAAACUUGCAUGAAAAAAUCAGUACAUGUGAUGAGAAAAUAAAGUCUCUUGAGAGCAACAAGGGCUAUUUAGAGCGAAGUUUGAAAGAUAGCAAGAACAACUUGAGAGAAAUGGUUCAACAGCGCAAAGAGGCUCCUCAGGAAGCCACAUAACUAAUAUUAUAAAUAGUUUGAGGUUAACAAUGUAACAAAGAGCUCAAGGGCAUAAAUUUUUAGGAUUUUUAGUGAGGAUAGCAGGCUUACCUGAUUGGGAAAGAGUCUAAAUGACAUAAGA